AACAAUAUGUUGCUUUGGUGCAGCUGCCUGCAGCUGUCUGCGCCUUGCGGUGGGGAUCCGCAGGCCGUAAAAUGUUUGCCGCAUUGCGAAACCGUGUGUGCUCACGGCGUGCGGCUGCAGCAGCAUGGAUGCUGCUCCUCCUGCCUGCGGUGUCUCUGCUUCUCGUCGUUCCAUCCAGAAGGAACUUUCAAAGCUGUAGAUGCCUCACAUUGUUUCAAAUCCUGGAUCCUGAAAUGAGAGGAUCAUUUCCUCUCUGGGCGCAGGGCUGCACCCAUCUCGGCCAUCUUUCCUGCUCUCAGCUUCAUGAAAGCCUGUGUUCGCUCAUCUGCCCUGCAGCCACACAGUGCAGUGAUGGCGGGGACACUUUCACAAAGCGCGCUCUUUUGGUGGCUAAGAUGGGAACAUUGUGCUUACAUUCCUCCUCUGACAUUAUUGAUGUUAAAAAAAUCACAACUUUGACUUUCUGACUUUCUCUUUUGCUUCUACGUGAUGCACAGAAAAAGAAAUGAUCAGAUCUGUCUUCUCUGUGAAAUGGUGGAUUGAGAAAAAGGCAAGCAAAACAGAAAUCUCGAUCUCUUUUCUUUGUUUUGAUCUUGUUGAAGAGUAGAAGACGAAGAACAUGGCGGCGCAGAGGGUGAAGAAGACAGAGCAGCUCUCUUCCAGCUGCACUCUAUGAAGAAAUGUAAUAAAUUCCUUGUUGUUUUAUGAAAAUUUACAACUUUGUGAUACAAGUUUAUGAGUGGCCGCGCGUGGGGAUUGGACGAGGGGUUGGUCAUGUGGACGCGCUUAACGUGAACAUGAACUUUUUAUGAUUUCCCAAGUGGGUAUAUUGCUGCUGCGCGGCUCUCCGGCCCGAACAGCCGCCUGUAGUCCUGCUGCUCUGCCGAGGCUCGCGGAGCUUUUCCGCGGGGAGAAAACUGACGCCAGCUGGACGGGAAGCGCGCUUAUCACGAGAGGAGCGACUGUGGAUACCGAGAGGAGCCGCCGUUUCCUGCUCCUCUUCUUCCGCCUGCUCUUCAUCCUCCGCUGGGGCUCGACGCGCCUCUGCUCGUUGGGACAGCGGUGGGGGAGAGGAGGGGUUGAAGAAGAACGCCUCCGCGUGGAGGAGCGACACCGGAGAUUACAUCGAUUAUCUUGCUUUCACUUUAUUUAUUUUUUUCCUGUUCCCUCUUUGUCGCGACAAGAACGAAGCGGAGGCCAGUGACGCACCUAUGAAGAUGGCAGCAGCUUUAACGCAUCGUGGGUGCAGCUCUUUCUCGCGGCUCUCGUGGUGCGCUGCAGGUGUGUUCAUCCCCGGAUGCGCUGUCCUCACACGCCCCUCACUGGAGGCCCUCAUGGCCGGAGAGAAGGGGGGGUCGAAGGAGCAGAGACCGAAGAAAAGGAAGACGUCUUGGAAGACACUUGAGGACACAUCCCCACCCCAACCCGCCCCCCUCCGUUACACAAAUCAUCCCCUCACACGCACGCAUACACGCACGCACACACCUCCCCAUCCAAACCAUUUUCUCCGUCCCGCAAGUGUCCCACCACCAGAAACAGAAACUUUGCCCCCUCUGUGGGAAGAACUUCAAUGAAACUCCGGCACAGCAGCGACGGAGUGGCGGGCAGGACGAUGACGCGCCUCACAGCGGUCCCGUUCCGAGGUCAGAUUGCAGGGGACCGUUGGAAAGACACCGUCACGUGACCUCCGGUACCAAAUGGUCUUCCGGCAGCGGGUUUCAGUAAGGACCGGAGCCCCAGAAGACGCCGCCGCCUCCUCCAGACAUGCAGAAGACAACCUACUACGACAACUCCUCCGCGCUCUUCGGCGGCUACUCGUCCUACCAGGUGCAGGGGGCGGCAGCGGCGGCAGCAGCCGCCGUCAACGGAUUCGGGAACUACGAUGCACCGGUCCCGGUGUCCCACCACCAGCCCGCCUUCCAGUCGGCGACCCACCUGGACGUGGACUCGUACCAGCCCUCUGCGUGCUCCUUGCAGGCUCUGGGCAGCGGCGGGGGCCUGCAGCAGCAGCUGACCAAGACCAAGGAGCUGAACGGCAGCUGCAUGAGGCCCAGCCUGCCGCCUGAGCACCUCCCCGCCUCCCAGGUGUCCCCCCCGCUGCCCCCCAACCCCAGCAACGGCAGUGCCGCCGCGCAGCAGCCGGGGGGCAGUGCCGGCUCCUCCACAGUCUCCAAGUCAGGCCCCAAUAAGUCAUCCAACUCUUCCUCGUCCACAUCAUCGUCAUCCUCCUCCUCCUCCUCCUCACUGCCGCCCAACCCCACGCUGGCCAAGCAGAUCUUCCCCUGGAUGAAAGAGUGUCGGCAAACGACCAAGCAGAAAAAUUGUUCACCCAGCAACAACUCUGGCAACGUGUCGGGAGGAGCAGAGAGCGGCAGCAGUGGAGAGAAGAGUCCCACCAGCGGCUCGUCGGCCUCCUCUAAACGGGCUCGGACGGCGUACACCAGCGCCCAGCUGGUGGAGCUGGAGAAGGAGUUCCACUUUAACCGGUACCUGUGUCGGCCCCGGCGCGUGGAGAUGGCCAACCUGCUCAACUUGUCCGAACGGCAGAUCAAGAUUUGGUUUCAGAAUCGACGCAUGAAGUACAAGAAGGACCAGAAGUCCAAGGGCUUGAGCUCCAGCUCUGGAGGGCCGUCACCCACAGGCUCCCCCCCUCUGCCUAUGCAGUCAUCUGCCAGCUUCCUAAACUCCAUGCACCCCAUGGGAGGAGGGGGCGGAGCAGGAGGCCCAGCCUAUGACACUCCUUCACCACCAUCUUUUGGAAAACUCCACCAAGGAGUGUCUUAUUCAAUGUCCACUGCCUAUUCUAAUGUUCCAAUGAAGAGCUGCCCCCCUCAGAAAUACGGUGCCCCAGACCCAGAUUAUGGCGACCCCCAUUCCCACCACAGCCUGGUGCAGGCCAACAACACUGGUUAUGGGACACCAACUAACAUACAGGCCAGUCCAGUUUACGUUGGGGGCAGCGGCUACGUGGAACCCAUGGCUGGGUCGGGGCCCUCCAUGUACGGGCUAAACCACCUCGGACCCACGCCGCCCCACCACCAAACCAUGGACUACAACGGCGCGGGGCCCAUGUCAGCCUCCAACCAGCACCACGUGGGUGGAGGGGUGCCUCAGGGUCCCUGCGACCCCCCCACACACCCGACCUACACCGAGCUGUCGGCGCACCACACCUCUCAGGGCAGAAUCCAGGAAGCACCCAAGCUCACCCACCUGUAGCAGGUUUGGAACAAAAUGACAAUGCAGGAACUAGUGAAGACUCCACAAACGAGUAGCACCACGUGUCUCACUAACAAACUAGCUGACGUGUGGGGCCUCUACUGCUGCAAGGGGACAGCAGGAGACACAAAAGGAGACAGUCAGGCCCAUCCAGUGGUUUGCUAUCUGCUCUACACCCACAAAGAGCAAAAAUCAGUGUUAAAAUCACGGUUCUGCGUCGAAUCAUCGUGUAGCUACCCCAACGCCCAUUAGCGUGUGUGCUAGCCUGAAGUUCAAGAAUGCCUCAGGCUGCACCCAGGCAAAGGAGAGAGGGUAGCGUCACUACGUCUGCCGGGUGCUGCAUCAGCUACAGCUACAGCUGAAAAGCCCGCACUGCCAGAAUAGCUUCUGGAAACAUUUUGGUCCAACGCAGAACCAUUCCAAUAAACCUAAAUGUUUCUCCUCCUCCAACCUGCUUUAACUGCCGUCGUCCGAGCGGCUCUGAGCAUCAAAGUACAAUGAGAUAUGACUUCACAUCAGUCGUAGUGGCCAAGAAAAUGUAGAAUGAAACAUGCAAAUUACAAUAACAACAACAAUAUUUAGCAUUUCCGUUCGAUAUUUUACAUGAAAUGUUGGCUCACUGGGCUUUUACUAAGCUCUUAAGCCCUUUUAAAACUCUUUUUAAUUAACCCUCCUCCUUUAAAGUAUUUGACGUGGUGAGGAGUUUUGUAUGCAUGAAUAGGGUGCAUGAAUAGUGACAAGAUUUGACAGAUGCUAGUUUUACGAAUGCAGAAAUUUAUCUGAAACAUCUCAAAGAAAUUGGAAGUAAAUGAUGUUUAAGUCAAUCAAGAGCUAUCUUUUCUACAGUCUAAUGAAAUCUCAUGGUUCCCAUGGAAGUAUGAUGCUGCUGAGUUCUCUUUUAGAUGAUUUUUUAAGGGCUGGGGGCAAACUGCAAGAGUAGGAGCAAGGAUGUAGUAAAAAAGUCAGUAAUGACCCUCUUAGAGAUAUUAUGUGGUUUAAAAUUGUUCUUUGAUGGCAAAUUCUGCCCCCAAGACCCUCGUAUGCACACAGCUCUCCUGCCUGGUAGAUGAAAUAGUUGAGAUUUUAAUGGGCAGUUAAGGAGGUGGUUGUAUUUAUUAUGCCGGGUUUUCUCCCCCUGCAGGCAACACAUGUUGUUGUCAGCAGAGCUGAGCUGUGUGCUGGGCUCAGGCCCUCCAUCAGCUGGAGAGCGACAGAGAAAUGCAACGCUGCUCCACAAAAGCACAGAGAAAAACCACUGGACGGCCUCCCACUCGCUGUCUACUCUUUUUUGCUUCCUGCAGUACCCGUCUGUGUCUGUCUGUCUGUCUGUGUGGAUCGAACCAUCACUAACCCCGUGUCUCCUGUCCACCCGUCCAACACUCACCGCGAGCUCCCCCAUCACUGUAACAGGGUUUUAUAGGCUUAACUCUCAGUCAUGCCUACAUGCAACAUUAAGCUCACUUCCUUUCACAAGCAGAGUUGCCAGCUGUUGACGUGUUCAAACAAACCUGUGAGAGGACAUGCAAGGCGCAUUUUAGUGUCCUUACCUUUGGCACAUCAUCGACACAGGGUAAAUACCAAGAGUUGAGAGAACUAUUUAUUUAUGUUUAUGUAAGCCAUCCUCCCGGGCUCCCCUCCAUGUCUUUGUCACACUCUCGAUUUGUGGAUACCAAGCUGUAAAAUCCACGUUUUGCUAUUGUUUUUGUUCUCUCAUGUCUUGACUUUUAAUGUGGAAACAGGGUAUAUAUAUUUGAACAAAAUGCAUGUCCCAGAAAUCUGAGCAGAUGUGUACAACUUGUUUUUCUUCAAAACAACUGGAAUUAUUUGUCCGAGCUGUCAGUGGGACUAAUUCGGGGGCACAUAGGUCCCUCCCAACUCCCCACGUGCAGGACGCAAAUUCCUCCAGUUGUUUUUAAAAGUUCAUAACCUACACAAAUGCUUUUUUUUACAUCUGGGCAUCAUUGUUGCACUUAGAGUUUACAUUUUGAUGGUUAAAGGUUAAAAAAAUAAUAAUGAAAUCUUAUUUUGAAGACGGAAGGCCUUCCAAUCAAAGCGUCUUUCACCAAUGCGUGUUCAAGGGAACAUUCAUAUAUAAAUAUUUAUUUGUUAUAGCCAGUCUAAAAGGACUUUCUGUUUUAUAUUAAUAUUAUUUAUCCUUCAUGUAUUUAUAUUGAGGAAAAAAAAUACUGUACUUUUUUAGUAUUUACCUGGUAUGAAAAAAACAAAACAAAAAUAACAUUGUGUUUCCUCUUGUCCCUUGUACUGAAGUUAUACUUUUUUAGUUCUUGUAUUUUAGAAGAAAAGACGUAGUUUUUAUGUUACUCUACUGGCCCUUGUACAUAAGUGUUUUGGCUUGUACAGGGAAAAAGGCGAGUGUUGGGACUCUGGUCCCGCCAGUGCAUAGUCUGAAAAUAGAGACAAAUAUUAGCUGGAGAACUGAACAAGUUUUUGGAGUUUUUUUUGCUCUUUGUAGCUCUUUUUUCUUUAAUUGUCGGGAGAGUUGUCUGUCAAACAAUUCUUUAAUAAAAUGUUAUGUUAUCCAGA